UUUAAUAUCUUCCUUCAACGUCUUUGUUUUCAUCAUAGGGUUAUGGAGAACAACCAGACCACAGUGACAGAUUUCAUCCUGCUGGGAUUUCUUGUUAGCCCUAAGAUGCAUCAAAUUCUCUUUGGCCUCUGCUUCCUGCUGUACACCUUCACUCUGCUGGGAAAUGGAGUUAUCCUGGGGCUGAUUUGUCUUGACUCCCGACUCCACACUCCCAUGUACUUCUUCCUCUCACAACUGGCCAUUGUUGACAUCUCUUAUGCCUCAAACACAGUGCCUGAAAUGCUGGUAAACCUCCUGGAUCCAGCCAAGCCCAUCUCCUUUGCAGGUUGCAUAAUGCAGACCUAUUUCUUUUUGAUGUUUGCCCUCAUAGAAUGCCUUCUGCUGGUUAUGAUGAGCUAUGACCGAUAUGCGGCAAUCUGUCAUCCCCUCAGAUACAGUAUUAUUAUGAACUGGGGAGUAUGCAUUGCACUUGCUGUCACAUCCUGGGCAUGUGGAUACCUCCUGGCAUUGGUCCAUGUGCUUCUCCUCCUUAGGCUGCCCUUCUGUGGGCCUCGGGAAAUCAACCACUUCUUCUGUGAAAUCCUUUCUGUACUGAAACUUGCCUGUGCAGACAUAUGGCUCAACAAAUUGGUCAUCUUUGUUGCUUGUGCUUUUAUCUUAGUUGGGCCCCUCUGCUUAGUCCUAGUCUCCUACACACGUAUCCUUGGUGCUAUCCUGAGAAUCCAGUCAGGGGAAGGUCGAAAGAAAGCCUUCUCCACCUGCUCCUCCCACCUCUGUGUGGUAGGGCUUUUCUUUGGUAGUGCCAGCAUAGCUUGCAUGGCCCCUAAAUCUAGGAACUCUGAGGAGCAAAAGGAAAUUCUUUUUUUUUUGUUUUACAGCUUCUUUAAUCCUACCCUAAAUCCUUUGAUCUAUAGCCUGAGAAAUGCAGAAGUAAAGGGUGCCCUAAGGAGAGUGCUUAGGAAGGAAAGGCCAAUUUGA